AACGCGGUUACCGUGGAAACCGCGGCCAUGGCUGCACCGCGGCAAGUCCCCAGCCACACAGUGCCCCGUAAGCCCAGCUGCUCUACAGACUCGUCGUUCACCCGGACGCCGGUGCCCACCGUGUCUCUCGGUUCCCGCGAGCUGCCUGUCUCGCCGUGGCAGGUCGCCGAGCCGUCAAGCAAGAAUCUGUGGGAGCAGAUCUGCGACGAGUAUGAAGCUGAGCAGCCUCCCUUUCCAGAAGGAUAUAAAGUCAAACAGGAACCUGUGAUUACUGUUGCGCCAGUAGAGGAAAUGCUUUUUCAUGGCUUCAGUGCAGAGCACUAUUUUCCGGUUUCCCAUUUCACCAUGAUCUCACAUACACCCUGUCCUCAAGAUAAAUCGGAAACAGUCAACCCAAAAACAUGUUCUCCCAAAGAAUAUUUGGAAACUUUCAUCUUUCCUGUUCUGCUUCCCGGAAUGGCUAGCCUGCUUCACCAAGCGAAGAAAGAAAAAUGUUUUGAGAGGAAAAGAACCAAAUUCAUUGCCUGUGAUUUUCUGACCGAGUGGUUAUACAACCAAAAUCCAAAGAGGGCAGGGGAGCCAUUCACAGAAUUUUUCUCCAUUCCAUUUGUGGAGGAGUGGCUAAAGCAACAGUUCGCUGUGAUCCUGAGAUUCAAGAGCUGCGUCAGUGGCAGAAGAAACUGCGCGAGGCCAAGCACAUUCACCAGCGAGUCAAAAUUUUCUGGGCCAAGCAAGAACAAAAAGUGAAAUGCAAAAUGGAGGACGAUGUGGUACCUGCAGGCAAAAUGAAAAUUCCAUCAUCUUAACCACAGCUAAGAUGUAUCUUUGCCCAUUCGAGCACAAGUUACCUCGUGCAAGGAAAAUGUCCAAAGUAUGCUUUCUCUCUUGUGAUUUCUUUAACAAAACUUGGAACAUAUGAAAAUGGAAUCUUUUCUGUACAAGACAGGAUUCACUGCAAACAAGCUUUAGUGCAAAUAGUUUAGAAAAGAAAGGACCAGUCUUCACUUUCUGCAUUAUCCUCACAUUUUAUUCAUUCAUAUCCAGAUUAUUUCUUCAGUGCCUCAGGAGUAUCCUUCUACACCAGCAGCUGUUAAAAUGUACAAUGAACUCUAGUCCCAAGGGAUACAGAAGUGCUCUUGUUACCAGUUUUCCCACUCUUGGCCGCUUUUGCAAAGAUCUGUAUUCUAAUUUAAGUCCCCAACCUCUGAAUUUGGUUUGAAGUUUACCUAGUGACUGACCACUCUUUUUAUAACAAAAGACCUUAUACUUAUGAUCAUUUCCAAAGGAGACCACCCCUUAACUUUUACUGCAAACCCAACAAGAUGAGACACUUAAACCCAGACAGAUGUAACAAAGGAUUUCUGUUGUCUGAGUCCCAGAGUAUUAUAUAGAAAGUUUCUGCUUUUAUGGGUAAAAAAGCUUAUUAUCUUAAUUUGUUCUGUGGUUUGCCGUUAACCAAGAUUCUCCCAUUUAAAAUGCCACAGACUGAGCCUCAGGGCAGAUCCGAAAGCCUAGUAGUUAGUUGCAUUGAGUUGUUUUCACAAGCUACCACACGUCUUAAGUAAAUAGUAAAGCCUUUAUUUUUGUGUUAAGAACAGCAUUUUGAAAAUAAAACCUAUCUGCCCAUGCUUUACAACCUUUUAAAUUUGUAAUAUUUAUAUAGUCAUGUAUGGUACAUAUUGAUUGUCUUGAAAUUUCUUUAACUUCUUUUUUAUAAGUAUGCAACAGUCAGCCAGGGGGAAGAUAAAGUUACAUUAUAAAACACACAUUAAUGCAUUUAAUAAAUAUAUAUUAUCUAUCAAAAAUGAGCCUUAGCUCUUCAUCAAUUAAUAAAAAGCACCUGCUGAGGACUCCUGUAAGCUGGUAUCAUCAUUGCAUCAUUGGAUUAUAAAAGCCACAAUGCUCCCUUUCAGCUUGGGGUUUGGCCUGAGGCGUUCAACUCAGCCUUGGCCAACCAAGACCACCACCCGAAUUCACCCGUGUUCAGUGGGCCCUGACGGCAUCUGGGCUAAAAAAAAA